AUGAAUAUUCUGCCAAAGAAAAGAUGGCAUGUCCGGACGAAAGAGAAUAUUGCUCGAGUGAGAAAGGAUGAAGCUGAGUUCGAAGAUAAAAAGUUACAAGACGAAUUCCGUUCUUUGAUUGCGGACCAAGAGGCCAGAACAGAUGCACUCCGAAAGCGUGCCCGGUCGUCACUUGGUCUCCCAAGUGGUUCGGCUAUCGAAAAACACUCAGUUCUGCUAUCCGAUCGUUCCACAAGUUUGAUACAAGGAAAUAAAGAGUAUGAAACUGAAAAGAAAGCAGAGAAGGAGGCAGCCGAAAAGUCAAUCGGUUUACUCACGUAUCUCGGUCAAAGUAUGUUGGACGCAGGUGGUCAAAAACCGUGGUACGAUUUACAUCCGAAACGAUUACGAUCGGACGAGGACGAGAAACUGAAAAAGAAAGAAGAAUGGGAAGCCAAAAAGAAACUUCGCGCGGAUCCACUAACACAAAUGAAUAAAGUUUCCGAGUGGUUUGAAAAAAAGAGGGAAGAGAAAUCAUUGGAAGAGGCGAAGAUGUUGAGAAGAGCUGAUUCGUGUAUCGCAGCAAUGCCUGGAUUAUUUCCCGAUGAUAUUUCCGUGCCGUCUAAAAGUACAUCCAGUUUCUUGAGCAAAUCACUACAAGAAACGUCCGCCUGUGGCUCAUCCCAACAAUCGAGCAAAAAGAAAAGCAAGCACAAACGAAAACGCAGACAUCGUUCGAAAUCCCAUCGAUCCAGUCGAUCCUCGUCCAGCUCUUCGGAUGAGAUUCCGUCUACCCGUGUUUCCGAUGCUAUUGUGCCCACACCUGGUCCCAGUUCGGUGGCGAUUGAACUGGCCAAGCGAUUAAGUAUGGACAAAUUGCGAGCUGAACGAUUGCAACGUGAGCGUAAAGAGCGCGAGCGAGCUGCGCUGGUGAUGGCAAAAGCGAUGGGUUUGUCACAGGCAUUCACAGACCCCGGGCAACCGGAAGUGCCCACGGACGAACGGGAGAUCCCAUUCAAUUCGGCCUUUAAUCCGGAAUUGUCAGCUGCUCUGGCUGCUCGUAGACAGAGACAUCGUGAAGCCCGCAGAUGGUCGUACCAAUGA